AUGGCCUAUCUUCGCCACCCGGCUUUUGUCCUGCCACUACUACUGCUCUUUGCCUUCUCACUUAUGAGCUCCAAAACAAUGGUUGCAGGGGCUCGCUUUCUUCUCGAGACUUCCUUGCCUCAAGUGCCCGAGCUUCCAAAGCCUGAGCUGCCACAAUUGCCUAAGCCUGAGCUUCCACAGUUGCCAAAGCCUGAGCUGCCACAAGUGCCUAAGCCUGAGCUGCCACAACUUCCUAAGCCUGAGCUUCCACAACUUCCUAAGCCUGAGCUUCCACAGUUGCCGAAGCCCGAGCUGCCACAAGUGCCUAAGCCUGAGCUGCCACAACUUCCUAAGCCUGAGCUUCCACAACUUCCUAAGCCUGAGCUUCCACAGUUGCCAAAGCCCGAGCUGCCACCGCUUCCUAAGCCUGAGCUACCGCAGUUUCCAAAGCCUGAGCUGCCACCAUUGGCUAAACCCGAAAUACCAUCAGCACCUCAUGUCCCAACCUUGCCAAAGGAAGGCCAUAAGUUGGCUGAAAUACCACAUGCCCCAACCUUGCAUGAGUUACCUCAACUUCCAAAGCCUGAAUUGCCACCACUUCCCACUUUCCCCAACUUUGCCGAAGCCCGAGCUGCCAGCGGUGCCCAAUGUCCCUACUUUACCAAAGCCUGA